AAAGUGAAUCGCUCAUAUCCUGCUCCUGUGAGCAUUACAAUCACCGACAUUCAUCUUAUAAGGUGCGCGGUCAACGUGCUCUCUUAUCAGUAGAUAUGAUGCCUACGAUGUACUUGAGCUAUUUCUGAAUGUGAUAUUAUAUUGUCAAAAUGUAUGUCAGAAGGUAAGCCCACGUGGCUUUGGAGGACUGAGACAUAAAAACCAGUUGUUCAAACUUGGCAGUGAAUUCGCUGGAGGUAUCGAAAAAAUGUCUUAUUACAACUCGGCAAGGUUGACUUUGCUAGUUUAGGCUAUAGAUCCAUGACGUUUUGGUAUUCAUUCGUCGAUCGGCGGCGAUACCGGCAGACGGGUGGUUAACUGCAAAGCGGUAAAGUGAAUAGUAAAGUAGCACGCGUCAUACGUGUUCACAUCGUCUCCGCUAACCAUCUGGCAUGAUGUAGUUUCGAUCUCAACGAAACAAAUUUAGUUUUCUAUCAAUACAUAAACAUAUUGAUAAAAAAAAAUAAUUAGAAUUUUUUGAACAGUUCACCAUUACUUACUCUAACGUUCCUAAUUUUAAAAAUGUAAUGAAUAUUUUAACCUUACUUAAACUUGUGACGCGCGUGUAUUUUAGUUAUUCAUAUUGACUCGUGUUAUCAGUGACUCCUGUUAUAGACUCCCGACAGUUAAUUGUGUCCUUUAUCAGCUUAUAGUGGUUUUAUGGUUUUUGGUAGAGCACGUGGUCGUUUCCCGCUACUUCACCGUAGUGUGAUGCAAUGUUCGCGUGAAGAACGAUCAGUUCAAAAUUUGGGCAACAAAGUUACGACAACUGUUAUUUUAGAUUUUAAAACAUGUGUUAAUAACUUUAGCUUUAACUUAAUUUAUUUGUUUUGAAUACUUAAAUCAACUUAAAAAUGGCUAAAGUGUCAGCAGCUGAAGGACUAACACCAAAGACGAUGGACGUUGGUGCAGAAAGUGGUGAAAAUGAUGACAAGUCUUCAAACGGUGGUGUUCGACUUAAAAAAGAAUUAAGUUUAUUGAAUGGUGUCGCGAUAAUAGUUGGAGUGAUUGUGGGGUCUGGGAUCUUCGUGUCUCCGAGUUUGGCGCUGAAGCAUUCUGGCUCCAAAGGGAUGGCCCUCAUUGUGUGGGUGCUCUCAGGGUUCUUGUCCAUGGUCGGUGCCCUCUGCUAUGCCGAGCUAGGUACAAUGAUCCCGAAGUCCGGCGGGGACUACGCAUACAUCGGCGAGGCUUUUGGGUCACUGCCGGCGUUCCUAUACCUAUGGGUGGCGCUCUUCAUCCUGGUGCCCACCGGGAACGCCAUCACAGCCCUCACAUUCGCCCAGAACAUCCUCCAACCGCUCUGGCCCGCCUGCACGCCCCCAGUCGAAGCUGUAAGCCUCAUAGCGGCUUUAAUUACCUGCUUCCUCACGGUUAUAAACUGUUACAACGUGAAGUGGGUGACACGACUGCAAGACUCGUUCACAGCGGCCAAAGUGUUGGCACUGCUGGUCACCUUCUUCGCCAGUCUAUGGUAUUUGUUUUCUGAACACACGGAGAAUUUGCAGUCGAUUAUGCAGGGCACCAAUAUGAAAGCGGGAGAGAUUGCCAUCGCUUUCUACACAGGGCUCUUCUCAUACUCCGGGUGGAAUUAUCUUAACUUCGUCACCGAGGAACUGAAGGACCCAUACAGGAACCUUCCCCGAGCGAUUUGCAUAUCGAUGCCAGUGGUGACGUUAGUGUACGCUCUCACCAAUGUGGCAUACUUCGCCGUUCUGACCAACGACGAGAUCCGAUCCUCAGAAGCCGUUGCCGUCACCUUCAGCGAGAAGAUCUUGGGUUCAUUCUCCUGGGUCAUGCCCUUGUUCGUCGCACUGUGCACCUUUGGUUCCCUCAACGGAGCUAUCUACGCCUCAUCUCGCUUAUUCUUCGUCGGUGCUAGGAAUGGUCAUCUCCCAUUGGCUAUAUCGUUAAUCGACAUUAGGAGGAUGACACCAGUACCGUCUGUUAUAUUUAUGUGCUUGGUGACGCUGGUGCUGCUGAUGACCAACAACGUGGAGUCGCUGAUGAUCUACGUGACGGCUGUGGAGGCCAUGUUCACGCUGUGUUCGGUGUCGGGGCUGCUGUGGCUGCGCUACAAGCGGCCGCAGAUGUCUCGCCCCAUCCGCGUCAGCCUGCUGCUGCCCGUCGCGUUCCUCGUCAUAUGCGCGUUCCUGGUGGUGUGCUCCAGCUUCACCAACCCGCAGGAGGUGGGGCUCGGCGUCGCCUUCGUCCUCCUCGGCGUCCCCGUGUACUGCGUCUUCAUCCGCUGGCGAUCCAAGCCCCAGUGGCUGCAGUCCGCCUGCCAUUCCUUCAACAUCCUGUGCUCCAAAUUAUUCCUCUGUCUACCCGAAGACUCGAAGGAUUUAUGAUCUUGAAUAGUGAUAUAUGUAUUCCAAAUCUGAGAUAUGAGUGAUCUUAUUAUUUUUAUCCUAUUUUCGACGUCGAACUAUAAUAAAAUAUGUAAUAUAUUAUUGUGGGACGACGUGAUAAGCGUAAUAUAUACUUGAAACAUUAUAUAAAUAAGCUUUACGACAGUACAUGAUUCCUAUGCUUAAUUUAAGUUUUUAAUAAUACUUAUUGUUAAGUACAAAAUUAUAAUAAAUUUCAUAUUAUUCAA